AAUGAUAAGGUAAAGCUUGUUGUUUAGGAAGGUUUGGUUUGUGCAGGCGCCCAAGAAAGCGAAGAAGAGGUCGGCGGACGGAGCGAACUCCAACGUCUUCUCCAUGUUUGAACAGGCUCAGAUCCAGGAGUUCAAGGAGGCCUUCACCAUCAUGGACCAGAACAGAGACGGCUUCAUAGACAAGAACGACCUGAGGGACACGUUCGCAGCUCUCGGGCGGGUGAAUGUGAAGCAGGAGGAGAUCGACGAGAUGCUGAAGGAGGCUUCGGGCCCGAUCAACUUCACCGUGUUCCUCACCAUGUUCGGGGAGAAACUCAAAGGAGCCGAUCCCGAGGAGACCAUCCUGAACGCCUUCAAGGUGUUCGACCCGGAGGGCAAGGGGAUCCUGAAGAAGGAGUAUGUCACGGAGAUGUUGACCACACAGGCGGACAGAUUCUCCACUGAGGAGAUGGAGCAGAUGUUCAACGCUUUCCCUCCAGAUGUUGCGGGAAACCUGGACUACAAGAAUCUGGUGCACAUCAUCACUCACGGAGAGGAGAAGGACCAGGAGUAAUCCGUCCAGGCCUCAGCCAAUCACAGCGCUCCCCUGCGCGCUCGGACACG